AUGUGGUGCUUCUCUAAAUCAGUUUGUCUUCAUUUCCUUUUUUAUUUUUUUUCUCGUGAUAUAAUUCCUUCUCUUUCUCUCAAUUAUUCUUUCUUUCUUUUUCUUCUUUGUUCUUUAUUGAUAUUAAUUUCUGUAGAUAUUUCUCUCUUGAUUACUCUCUUUUUUUCUUAUCCACUCUCAUUAUUACUGUUAAUAUUGCUCUAUUUUUAUAGAUGUCAUUUGCUUACUUUUUUUCUCUCUUGCUCUUUUAUUUCAAAGUUGGUAUUCUCUCUCUCUCUCUCUCUUUCUCUCUCUCUCUCCCUUUCACCUAUUAUUAAUAUCAUUCUUUUUCUAUUUUUCUUUUUCUUCCUCCUUUCUUAUUUUGUUUUCACACUUCUCUCAUCACUCUUGAAGACACAUUUUCAAUUUAUGAGAUUUUGCCACACAUUCUGCUUUUGCCCAUUGAUAUUUUUCUUUCUUUCUCUUCCUUACACGAUUUUCCUUUUUCUUAUUUUUUCUCUGUUGCAAGACUCACUCUCUAUCUAUAUUGUUACUUUUCUUUUUGACUCUCCUCUUCUCUCCGUUGCAAGACUCACUCUCUAUCUACAUUAUUACUUUUUUUUUUUCCUCUCCUCUUCUCUCUGUUGCAAGACACACUCUCUAUUUACUUUCCUUUUUGAUUCUCCUCUUCUUACUGUUGCCAAACCCACUCUCUAUGUUGUUACUUUUUUUUUAUCUCUCCUCUUCUCUCUGUUAUUGAUAAGUGAGCAGGUGAUGAAUCUAAAUCUGGAGGAGAGAGGUGAUAACUGCCUGCAGCCAGCGAAGCAUUGCUGGAACAUUCAUUUCCGGACCCUUCCAUUCAAUGCACAUCAUGACUAG